AUUUUAUUGGAUAGAGUUCCGGGGACAUCAUGCUCAGGGUUGCCCAACAUCUUCCCCUGCUUCACUCGACCUCAAUGGCUGGUCCUCUGCUUCUUCGAGAAGUUCUGUUUCCUGGCUUUCGGCUCCAUAGCUACCGGCGUUUUGUGGCGGGGAUCGCUGUGACUGGGACACCUCAACGCCUAUUCUGCAGUGUUCCCAACAACUCUGAACCGGGACAAGCAGAUGAGAAAGCAAGCUACGCUGCUCAAAUCGCCAAGCUGCUGAGAGCUAAGGACCUUGUGAGUCAGCCGACUUCGGAUGACCCCGAUUAUCGGAAAUGGAAGGAUAAAGAAAGAGAGAUCCUUAAGGACAUUGAACCAAUCGUUAGGCUAACGAAGGAUAUCCUCCACUCGCGAAGGUACAUGGAUGGAGAGAAAUUGACAGCUGAGGAUGAGAAAAUUGUGGUAGAGAAACUUCUUUUUUACCAUCCACAUUCUGAAGAUAAGAUUGGAUGCGGUCUUGAGUCAAUUAUGGUCGAUCGUCAUCCCCAGUUUAGAUACUCAAGGUGUCUUUUUGUUGUAAGAACCGAUGGUGGCUGGAUUGACUUCUCCUACCAGAAGUGCCUUCGUGAGUACAUUCGAAAUAAGUACCCAUCUCAUGCAGAAAGAUUUAUUCGAGAACAUUUAAAGCGUGGGAGUGGUUAAUAUGUUUAUAUAUUGGAACUUGAUUACUGAUUUUGGUUUCUCAAUCUAUAAUAUGGUGACUACUGUCCUGUUUCUUUUGUUGGUCCCCGUACUUCAAUGCUUUACCUAGUUUAAUCGAUUUGUCAAUGGUAGUUGAUAACCAUUGACCUGCAUAUCAAGCUUUUUCGUUAAAUGAUCAUACAGAAAAUGAUUGAAGUUGAACUUCACUUUGUUGACUAGUGAAAUGCUGUUUGUUAGCAUUGCAGGAAUUGGUGAUUAGGUAACCUAUAGGCAAUAGGAAUGAAGUUUUAAUUUGAAUUAAGCGAUAGACCACCUUCUUCAUAGUAGAAUUUGUUUUCUUUAAUAUGUACGGCCAUUCUGGCAUUGAAAACUUGGGAGUGCCUAGGUCUUUGGAGGGUGAUUUCCGACAGAAUAUGAAGCCGUUUGCGGAGCAUGACAAGGUUGCUGUCAGAUCAGUGAACAAAGGCAUAGCAGGAAUCUUGGGAAUCCCGCAAUAUGAGUGGGAAGUCGAAGAUUGUGGCGUGGACUCGUUCUGGGUUGCAAUUUGAGUUAUGGAGAGUAAUAUUUGGUCACGGGAUGUGCAAGGAGUAGUUAAAGGUCGGACACUGAGAGUCAAAAGGCUCGAGCUCUUCGCUGGAAGCAGUUGCUCAGCUAGGUUGAUGUUUGUUCAGUGGGGUCUCUGCGCAAGUCAAAACGGCGAGAAACUUUGUUCGCCCUACUUUUAGAUGCUAAGCUGAAUCUGUGUUGCCAAAUCCGGAGACAGAAUCAUGUUUUCUCCUGUUGCGUUUGUUUUGUUAUUUAGUCAAACCGUCAUGGCAAUAUUAUCACCCACCAGUAUCAUGCUACAGUCUCCCCGGCUUUCUUAUUUUUUAUGCUCAUGUAAAUUCAUAGUUUACCUUUUGCCUAAAUUAUAAAUUUCACUCAUUGCAGAACAUGGUCACUCAUGUCUCCCUAUGCUUAGCAAUGUUAUUUUUUGCCCUCGUUGUUUGA